AUGAAUACAACUACAUCAACAACCUCAACUUGCUCAUCUUUAGACGACUCUUCAGCUUCUUCAGAUGACCGCGAACUUUUGGACUCUGACCCUUACCUCUCAUCCUCACCAUCCAUCCACGAAGAAGAAAUUGACUUCCAAUACGUCUAUGCUCUUCGAACGUUUGUCCCCACUGAGCGUGGUCAAGCUCAUGCCAUUAAAGGCGAUGUUAUGAUUCUCAUCAAUGAUUCUAACUCGUACUGGUGGCUUGUUCGACUUGUAAAGGAUUCUUCGGUUGGGUUUCUUCCAGCUGAAAAUAUUGAAACUCCAUCAGAACGUCUUGCACGUCUCAACAAGCACCGCAACUGUGAAUACACAAACUACCCGCCACCAACUAUGCCUAUAUCAGGAAGCAAUCCAGAGACUGCCUCUAUCGCGUCCAUCUCAUCGGCAAACUCUCAACCAUCACCAUCUUCUUCCCCACUUUCUUUUUUCCACCACCACAAAAACAAAAAACUUGCUUCAGGGUCGCCGCUAGCGUUACAGCCUCUUUCCAAAGAAGGUAAAAAAUCAGUGACUUUUACACCCACGUUGACUUACGUUUCAGCUUCAGAGUAUGAGUACUCAGACGCGGACGAGGCUGAUAUUGAAGAUAUGGACGACUCUUCCGAUGACGAUGAUGAUGAAGUACACCAACCUAAUAAUAGCACAGGCGUUUCAUCGUUAUUGCUCACAAGCACACAAAACUCUAAUGACAUUAACGUUCGAAGCGAUAUUAAUAGAAACAGUUUGGUUCAUAAUGCCGAUGACCACAGUGAUGACCAUUCUGAUGAUGACAAUGACGACGAUGACGAUGAUGAUGAUGAUGAUGAUGAUGAUGAUGACUUUGAGUUGGACCGUCGUGCUUUAAACACCUCGGCUGACCACCACAUCAAGUCAAAGGUUUUGUACCAUCACAGUGCCAGUGCAGAUUCUAAUAGCAGUCUGGAGUUUAGUGAGGGUGACAAUAAUAAUACUAAUACUAAUAAUAAUACUAAACCUACUCAGCCCCCAAAUGCAUUUAAUGUUGAUCCUCUAGAGAUUCGCAAGCCGCGGUCCAACCCCAAUCUCCGCGAAGCAGCACAAAUCCAACAGAAGCAACAGCAACAGCAAGAACAAGAUCAAGAACAACUUUCUCAACAACAAUUUAGCACUAACAGUGACGAAGAAGAUGAAGAAACACGACGGAAUAUCUUGGUUCAAUCCAAAAACCAAGAAUAUAACCGCGGUAGCGUCAUUAUUCAUAAACGCACAUCUAUUGACCAUGAAACUCACCAAGAACAAGAACAAGAAGAAAAGAAUGAAAAGAAUGGUGAUAAUGAUGACGAAGACGACGAUAAUAACACUCAAACUUCGAUUUUCAAGACCUUAGCUGGAGUUUCUCGCAAGUCUAGCGAGGCUAACCAUGAUAAGACUAAUGAAAAGUCUAAUGAGCGAUCUAAUAGUACUGGUGGGCUCUUUUCAAGACUGUCGCGUGGUAGAAACCGCCGUCACUCUACAGCAGCUCAAACUUCUCAUGUGGCUGCUGAGGAAGCUCAAGCAACUGAGGCUAAUAGACAAAGCGUAUUUGUGGACUCUACAGCAGCAACUGCAGCAGCAGCAGCAGCAGCGACUGCAGCAGCAGUAGCGACUGCAGCAGCGGCAACAUUAACAACAGAGAAUACAGCAGCCACUACAUCUUCUGAGCAAACAGUACACAGUGCAGAAAGUCAAAUUGAUGCAGCAGCAGGCGCGGGAUAUCCAGGCAAGGCGGGUCGGCGCCGAUCAUUGCUCAAGACCAAGUCGUCUACCGAACACCUCAAGAAAACGCCCAACUCGGGAGGUCUUGAAGGAAUUGCAAGUUCUGUGCAUUCCAAUAUUUCUGGGCUUUUCAAACGAAGUAGAAAAAAUUCACUUUCCAACAAAAAUUCUUCUGCUUCUCUUUCUGCUGGUGGUGUGUCUUCUACAACUAACAUGUCUUCUACAACGCCUAUACAACAACAACAACAACAACAACAACAACAACAACAACAACAACAACAACAACAACAACAACAACAACAACAACAACAACAACAACAACAGGCGGCUCCGGCAAAAGAAUCGUCAUCAUCUAUUUCUGCUCCAGCAGUUGCAGCUUCUUCAUUGACAGAGACUUCUACUGUCAAAGGUCCGACUGGAGCAGUUGUAUCUGUUCCUCCUCCCCCAUCCGCAUCAGGUCGCAUUUCAUUGGCACCACCACCUCCACGCGUCUCUCAAUCUUUAUCUUCGCCAAACUCGUCUCCUCAUUCUUCUUCACCGUCACUCGCUUCGAGCACUUCUACAGCAGUUCCACAGUCAUCUUCAUCUUCCUCUCCUAAGCCGGCUGAAAUCCAAGCCGUUAUUGAGGAGAGUGAUGCAACUAAACACCCCCCUGAAAUGACUAUUCCGUCUCAAAAUGAAAUGCGACGCGUGCAACAACGACGGUCGAGUUUCAAUCCUUUCCGUAAUUCGGGGGUUUUAGAUUCUCAGACCCCCCCUGGCGCGUCUUCUACUUCAUCUUUUAAUGACACCAUAAAUACUGCCCCCCUUAAUAUUGGCAGUCACAGCAAUAAUUCUGGUACUCAUAUGGGCCCCCAUUCUAUCUCCAUGGGUAACCCAGGAGGUACACUAAAGAUGUCAUCACCCGUAUCCAACUUGGCUUCACUCAAGUCUGGGUCUGCCAUGUCGCUAUCAUCAGGUGAUGAUCGUGAUACGGAAACUGAGCUAGAAACUGGUCGUUCUGGGUCUGCGGCAACCACCAUGUCGACAAUGUCGACUGCACCUUCUUCUCCAUCAUUUGUUGAGGACACUAACAGUGAGGAAAAUAAGGGUUCAGUAACAGCUCCUUAUGAAAAGAUACAGCAACAACAAGAGCAACAUUCACAUCAGCAACAGCAAAGGGGUCAGGGGCAUCCGUUGGCGACCCCUACUCCUAGUAUGGACGGGAUGUCAACUCCGACACAUUCCACUGCAGGCAGUGGUUGCAUGAAGCCUGUGCUGUUGCAAAUGGCUAAUUCUUCGGUAGCUUCCAUAGCCCCACCACCACCACCACCACCCGGACAACAUGACCAACAACAUAUUGAUUCAUCACUUGUACCACCUCCUCCGCGUGGGUUCCAAAACAUGUCUACACCUCCGGCGACGCCACCAAUCGAGCCUGGCAAGCUUGCAUCAGUGGAACCCCUGAGGAUUAUGGGCGGUUCUUUAGUGGGUCUUUCGAUGGGUCCUAAGGGAACAAUGACAUCAUCUUCAACCCCCGCAUUUUCUUCGACGACCAUGACUUCAGUUUACAGUCCGGCAAAGGUUCCACUUGCUGCAAAUAUUUAUGGAGAGAAUAAAGAGAAUAAAGAGAAUGAAGAGAAUGAAGAGAAUGAAGAGAAUGAAGAGAAUGCGAAUAAUGACAAUAACAACAAUAAAAUGCUUGGACGCAGUGCGCUCAGCUCUAAUGGAGCUGAAGGAAAUGACUCUGCAAGAGCAAACAUUGGGGGUAGAGAUUACAAGACAAAUGACGGCAGCCAUGGUAAACAACAAGCAAAUGGUUUGCUGCACCCUGAUAUUGAACCUAUUUUUCAGGAGACGUCUGCUCGACUUGAUAGAAUUAGCGCAAGGCUAGAUUUGUUGCUUGCAAAGUAUACAUAA